AUGAAACACCCAAAGAUAGCUGUCAAGCCGGCGAAGCUCGUUGAGAUUCCUUACGAAUUGUUGGAAAUGGAGACGUGGAGACAUGGUGAUGUCGUCAACGUCGGUGCUGCUGCUGGUCGUGCUACCACUUGCUUCGAGCCAGCUGCUCGAGAUAUUUGGACUAUCCACUGGCGACGCCGGAACUCGAGUGUGCAAAACCCACGACUCGGGCUUACGCUGCUUUUUGCAGGCAAUCUGUUGGACUUAUCAACUACCUCCAAAGAGUCCAGCGCAAUCCCAACAAUCAAUUGGCGAAAAAGUGUGUCAGAGAAAGGAGCGCGUGAAAGGAGGGUGAGAGUAGCGGGGAAAGGAAUUCCUGUGCUGCCAGGAGUUAUGGGUAAUCUUCCCGGAGCCGGAUCUUGUCUUCCUCGUGGUUCGCCCCUCGUUCGGGACAAGUCGCCCAGUCUCUUCCAGAAUAUGCUUCGUAAUAUUCCUGGUGCUCAUGAUUACUUGUCAAGUUUGCUCCCUUCACCCAAUGUCGAUAUUGACGCACUUAUGGGAAAAUACCAGUGGGCAAUUGACACUCCAACUGCUCAUAAUCGUUUCUGUGCUACAACUGAAUUCCAGCGAGCUGCUCAAGCUGGAAACUCUUCCUCUUUCAGCCUUCAGGAAAAAUUCCGCACCAAUAGUGAAGAAGGCGGAGAAAAGGUCGCAUUCGGAUACGGUAUCAUUCAUAAGGACCGCACCUACGUAUACAUGCAGGAUGAUCCUUGCCCAUACCAAAUUGUUCUGGUAGGACCACGUGGAGGAGGAACGGGACAGUAUGAGUAUGUUAUCCUGUCCAACUGGGCACGUUAUCCGCUGAUAGGACUGGUACGCGACACUCGCGUUUUUCACAACAGAUACAAGGAACAAUUAGAAUCCGAGUUAGAAAAGGAAGGAUUUAUCAACGAUUAUUCAGGGUAUGCUGUUAAACUCUUUGAUAGAACUUUCAUAUCUGCCUCUACUAAACUCUUUGAUAGAACUUUCAUAUCUGCCUCUACUCGAUUGAGGAUUUAUCGCCCGAUCGUCUUAAGGCGUCAACUUUUUCAAAAACAUGAUAUUGACGGCUACUCAUAA